CUCACAAACAUAAGAAACACGAUGCACUGCAACCCUGUGACACUGAAUACCCUGUGUUUGUGUACGAGCCGGCUAUCAAAGAGGCCAAUGGACUAAUUGAGUGUGGAGCCUGUCAGAAGAUGUUUUUGGCACAGCAAAUUAUGAACAGCAAUCUUCUGCUCCUGGUAACCGAUGCCACCUGUGAUUGCAGCAUCUUCCCAUCUUUUGCAUUGAAAGCUAAAGAAGUCAAAUAUAACAAUUCGGUGAAAUGCGACAGGAUGCGCUCUCAGAAACUAAGACGCCGACCAGACAGCUGCCAUGCAUUCCACCCAGAGGAAAAUGCCCAAGAUUGUGGAGGAGCUGCAGCGAUUUCAGCCUCCUCAACUUUGCUUCUGUUUCUGCUGGCCACAACAGCGCUACUUCUGCGGUGA